CAGGGUAGUCUAGGUAUCUAAUUUUUGCUUUUUGUAUGGAAGUGAGGCUUUGUUUGGGUGGAGUAUGAUGAAAUUAGCUCAUUUCCAAUAAGCAACAAUUAUCAUGAAAGGUGAUUCAAAAGAAACCUUAAUUUUGUUGUUCUUCAAUGCCCCUAUCUCCUUCCAUCUUCUCUUCUCCUUCUUCAAUGUUUCCUCCACUCUCCUAGCUAACUUCUUCUUCUCAAUAUAUGACCACUUAAUCCCAAUAAGGUCUACAUGUAAUGAUGAUGAUGCUGAAUAUCAUGCAUUUCGUCAUGAAGAAGAACAUGAUCAUCAUUAUGCCGGCCAAAAAAGAGAAUAUGGUCAUGGAUUCUUUAGUUUUGAUCUGCUCAUGGAGCAGAAAGAGGAUCAUUUGGUGGCUGAUAUCAUUCAUGGUGGAGAAUCCCUCUUAUUUAUACCUUUCCAGAGUCCCAAGAAAGAACAGGUUGUUUUUUACGAAGGUAUCGGCUGCCAGGAGAAAAUAAUUCUCCAAGAAAAUGGCGCUGAUGAAGUUGAAGAACAUCAUAUUCAUGAUUAUACCGUUAAAGAAGAUACUGAAGAAGACGUCGCCGCCGAGGACUCUACGUCAUAUCAUAAUGAAGACCCAACAAGUGAUGAUGAUCAAGAGGAAAUUAUUAUCAUGGAAGAAGAACAUUCUCCAGACUAUUUUUCUCCACCUGAAGAAUCCGAUGAUCAAGCUAGUGAACUAGAUGUAGCGGUGGAUGUUCUUCACCAAGACGAAGAGCUAUCAUUACUAAAAGAUAGUGAUGCUAAUUCUGCAACAACGACAAUGGUGUUCAUCAGUACUGAUCCUAGUGAAAAUGGUUACAUCGCUCCGGUACAAAUCGAUCUCAAUAAUAGUGGUCCGGUACCUAAUGAUGACACUUCUUCAGAAGAAGAACGAGAUGGCAAAGAAUCUAAGGACGUGAAGAUUACUAUGGAGACCAAAAUGUUGGAAGACGGGAAGUUUUUUGUUUUACAAACCAAGAAAAUCCAGAAAAAUGUCGUCGAAGAUGAUAUGUUUGAAGAUUCAUUUUCGAAGAAAAAUGACAUGUUCGGAGAUUCGGUUACAGAAGGAUCGACGUCCAAAAGCUCUUCGGAAUGGAGAAACUCUGUCAAUUAUAGAGACUCCGGAACAGGAGAUGAUCCUUUUUCUACCUCAUCUCGGAGGAGUUGUCCAACAUGGGAAUCUUAUACAGUUUUCAGAAAAUAUGAUGAAGAAAUGUUGUUCUUGGACCGUAUUAGUGCACAAAAGCUUAGUGAAACAGAAUCUCUACGAGCAAUAGAAGCAUGUCCAAGAUCAAUCUCGCAGAGAAUUGUGCAUAGAUUAACAACAAAGAACAAACCCAAAUACCACCAGUUCGGCCGAUGUAACCCGUAUCAAGAACUAGAGACGGCCUAUGUAGCUCAAAUCUGUUUGACAUGGGAAGCUCUCAAUUGGAAUUACAAAAAUUACCAACGACUUAAAGCAACAUAUAGUAGCGAAAAUGAUCCCGGUUGUCCUGGUCAGAUUGCGCAACAAUUUCAGCAAUUUCAAGUUUUAUUACAACGAUUUAUUGAGAAUGAACCAUAUGAACAUGGUCGACGGCCUGAAAUUUAUGCUCGAAUCAGGAAUUCAGCACCAAAACUACUUCAAGUACCUGAAUUUCGAGAAUCAGAAGAAGAUAAUAAUAAGAAAGCAGGUUUUAUCAAUAUGACAGUGUCAUCGAUCAAGUUUUCAAGAGUAAUGGAAGACGCCAUUCGAACUUUCAUGAAAUUUUUAAAGGAGGAUAAAGAAAAACCAUGUGAUAUCUUUAAAGCAUUUUUCAAAAGAAACAGUAGUCAAACAGUUGAUCCAACUUAUCUUCAUUUAAUGAGAAAAUCAAACAAAAGGAAGAAAAUGAGGAUCGAAGACUUGCGGCGAGCUGGAAAAUGCAUUAGGAAAAGAAAGCUGAAAGAAGAAGAAGAGAUGGAGAUAUUGAUGAGUCUGAUAGAUCUGAAACUCGUGUCGAGGGUUUUAAGAAUGACGGAAAUAAGUGAAGAGCAAUUGCACUGGUGCGAAGAAAAGAUGAACAAAAUACGGGUGUGGGAAGGUAAACUGCAAAGAGAUUCUUCACCACUUUUUUUCCCCACACACUGACUGAUUGACUCAGCGACUCACCCUGGCCUAUAGAUACUGAAUGUUGCUUUCAUGACUCGACCGUGAAUGUGAAUUGAGUAAUCAACUAAGGCUGCAUGCAGAAUAAAGGAAUGAAUAUCCUACAGAAACCUUGCAGAUAACACUGUAGUGAGUGUUCACAAUAUGGGACGGUUGGGACCCCCGAAUCAAAGUUAACUUGUUGCCGCUGCUGACAAAGGAGGGUUGUCGAUGGAGAUUUGGAAUCAAGAAAAGAAGGGUGAUAAUUAAUAUAAUAAAGUAAAAAUAAAAAGGAAAGCAAGUCCUUUAUACAUGCAGCAGAUCUAGUAGUACUAGUAGUGAUCCUACAUUUGAAGUGAAAGACAAGAGAAGAACAUUAAUUAAGAAAUGGAUAUGUAGACAAGUUUAGCUUUAGCUUU